GGAAAAUUGAAAAAUAUACGAGGGAAGAACAACUAGAAUUUUGAGUUUUCAAAUUAUUUAAUAAUGCAGCGUGUAAACAAGAUGUAUAACGCAGAGUAUUUUUGAGCUCCCAAAUGUUUUUCCUAGAUUUUGACCAAAAAUGCAAGAAAUACGAUAGAUCUUGUUGCUUUGAAUCACAUUUCGUACAAUUUAAUUUAGGGCUACAAAGCAAUGCCAACCCCUUCACAUACCCAAUCUCGUCCGCAGGUCGGGAGGCCAGCGCUGAUUAAAAACGCGUGGGCUCUGGGAACGAAAUUGCCAUGUACCCGCGGCUCGUUAAAUGACAUGCCGUAUACCGGCUUGUUUUGAAUAAACUGUAAGGUGAGACUAGCCUCGCGUACACGUAGCAAAACCAGUUUGUUUCUUGUAAUAAGUUUUGAGCGGAUGACAGACAGUAACAUGGAGUUUGAAAAGUAACCAUCACUCGUGUACAGUCCGUCAACAACAUGCGUGGCAUAUGGAGAUGUGUUUAUCUGCUCCACUUUAAAACUCUGCUAGUUUUAAUCUUGGCUUUAAACAUUGUUGUUUUUAUUGUUUUGAAUUCUAUUAUGCUGCACGACAAAGAUGAGCUAGAUGGCAAAUCUCCUGGAUUCAAUGUUAAAGAUAGAGAGAGUAAAGAGUUUAAUUUCGCAAAUCAUUUAGCAGAAAACAUCAAAGAGAAUCAUGGAUUGAAUGCUUUCCAAGAAUUUUCAGAUCAAGAUGGACUUCAACCUCCUUUAGAGAAAAGUACUUCUACUAACAACCGUGACGAUUUGGAGCUCUCAGAAUCAAGAAUCUCCAUAGAGGAAGAUGAAUCAAUUGUUCCAAAUAAUGUUGCACAAAAUGCAUCUCAGAAUGAACAAAACAGUGUGUUACCUCUAAAACUUUCGACCUCGUCGAGCUUUCAUCGACAAACUGGAGACAGGGAAAGGCUACCUGAAACAACAAAGAAAAUCUUAAAUAAGUCUAUUUUAGCAAAAAGUUCCGUUCAACCAGCGAACUCCCCAAAUAGCAACGCUGUAGCAAAAAGUCGUUCUAAUCUUAGAACAAGUAGUCAUGAUAUGCUGAAGAUAAAACCAUCAAAACUACCCUUAGACACAAACAGAAAUAGUUUUUCACAUUCCAUUCAAAAUCAUUCUCUAACACUGGUGAAAAAUAAUACAGAGGAACAAGUAGACAAGAUUUUGCCCACAACAGCAAAGCUUUUCACUCAAGAGGAUUUAAACAACAUAGCUGAAAACAUGCAAGUCCGCUUCGAAGUGUUGGAGGAUAUCAGAACAGCAGAAGUUAGUUUGAGAAAUAAGGGAAUCUCGCCAAUUGAAGGAAAACUGUGGUCUAUCCACUUUUGCGUCACGACCGGAAUAGAGCUUAACCACCUCGUGCACAAACCGGAAGGGUACGUCCUGCCAAACCAAAAAUCGAUCAAACUUACGCACUUUAAUGGAUGCACUUAUAGGUUAGAGCCAACAAGAGACUUCAAGGCCAUCCUCCCGGGAAACGCACUAAAAUUCGUGAUCCAUGUCGGUGCAACGCUAGCCAAGAGUGACCUGGUGCCAAGGUGGUACAUCACUGCAGAUGGCCUUGAACCAAGAAUCAUUUCCAACACCGCUGAUGAGAGCCUAGACUUUGUGGUCCUUUCAAAGAGAGAGAAGGCCUGGGAUAGAUUUGGAAAUAAUGACGUGACCGAUCUAAAGAAGGCGCCUCUUUUGGUGGUGCCGACUCCUUUGGAAAUUGUCGGAUUGAAUGAGUCCAUGAAAUUAUCCAUUGAUAGCCAAUGGGUUGUGUUGGGAGAAGCAGGAUUGGAAGAGGAAACAAGCUUCCUAGCAGGUAAACUAGAAGUGCAGAAAUCUCUAUCUGAUUCAACGAACAGAAAAGUAAUCAAGCUUGCAUUAGGUAAGGUACUACUGGAAAUGCCGGAAGAUACACAACAGUUGUCAAAUCCGUCUUCUAAUGAAUCAUAUCAACUUGAGGUGAAGGUCUCCGAGGAAUUGAUCAAAAUCACGGGAACUGGGAAGGCUGGAGUGUUCUAUGGUGUUCAGACUCUCCUUGCUCUCAUGGACGACAAAGGCUUGGUUCCACAGGUGUCAAUCAAAGACUCUCCUCGUUACUCGUAUCGAGGCUUGAUGCUUGACGUUGUUCGUAAUUUUCAGCCCAAGGGUGAAGUUAUGAAACUUUUGGAUGUCAUGGCUGUGUACAAGAUGAACAAAUUUCAUUUUCAUCUCUCGGAUAACGAAGGAUGGAGAUUGGAAAUACCAGGACUUGAGGAGCUAACCUCGGUUGGGUCCAGACGAUGCCACGACUUACAAGAAAAAACUUGUAUCAUGUCUCAACUCGGUUCAGGCCCCGAUACCAGCACCUCGGGUACUGGGCACUACUCUACUGAAGACUACCGGGAAAUACUUCGUCACGCAACACAGCGUCACAUUCAAGUGAUUCCAGAGUUCGACUUUCCGGGGCACAGUCACGCAGCUAUAAAAAGCAUGAUAGCCCGUCACGACAGACUGAUGCAACAAGGAAACGAGAAAGAUGCUAAACAAUUUCUUCUUAACGAUUUCAAGGAUGAAUCGCGGUAUCUAUCUGUGCAAAUUUUCACCGACGAAACUUCCAAUUGUUGCUUGAACUCAACCUACACAUUAAUGAAGUACAUCCUAGCAACUUUAGUGAACCUGCACCACGAUAUUCAACCGCUUACCGUCUAUCACUUCGGUGGAGAUGAAGUUCCGGGGGGAGCAUGGAAAAAGUCGCCGGCCUGUGAACAGCUAGCCCAGACAUUAAACUUUCCAUACAGUAACGUUAAUACGCACAACAAACUGAAAGAAUACUUCUUGCGGCGUUUAUCGAAUCUCACGGCAAGAAUGAACAUCGGGGUGGCAGGCUGGGGAGAUUUUUUAUUCGAGCCAAAAACACGGUCUAUCGCUUCAAGAAAGUUUUUCCCAAAUAAGGAAGUGUAUUCGUUUGCCUGGAGCAGGACUGGGGCGGUGAAAAAUAAUCACGAGGUGUCCCUCAUGGCGAACCACGGAUAUAAGGUUGUGCUGUCGAGCCCAGACUACAUCUAUCUUGACCACCCUUAUGAGCCUGUCGGAGAAGAGCGCGGGAAGUACUGGGCCACAGCUUAUACUGACACGCGUAAAAUAUUCAACUUUGCGCCCGAAGAGCUCUACGAAGACAUUGACAAGAUACGAAACUGCUCGGGUUUGAAGAAGUGCGUGGACGGACGGCAAAAUGUAUUGGGCGUCGAGGCUGCGGUGUGGAGCGAAACAAUAAGAACCGCUGACCACAUGUACAGCAUGAUCUUCCCUCGUCUUCUUGCCCUGGCAGAGCGCGCUUGGCACAAAGCACCAUGGGAAGGCAUCAAGGAUAGGCUUGGGCAAGAUCGCGAGAAGACUGGUGAUUGGGUGAACUUUGCUAACACGCUGGGCUAUAAGGAGUUGGGUCGGCUUGAUAAGAUGGGCGUGACUUAUCACGUGACACCACCAGGAGCGAGGUAAAAAUAAACCGCAAAACUGCCAUUCUCAUUGUUUGAGUUGGACUGGGUAUAAGUUCGCUUUUGACACUAGGGACUCAGAACUUCUUGAAAUGUAUGAAAAAAUAAAGUACAAAAAUAUUCUGCUGCUCACUCGCUAAGCUAC